AUGCAGUUGCUUUUUAAGGCCAACCGUUCGUACAACAGCCUGACCCGACGGAUCGUAUCCGUCGCUAAGACAUCAACGUCGGACUUCCAACCGGUAGUUGAAACCUAUCAAGAACGCCGUCAUCACCGCCAUUUUGAGAAGCCUCGGAGGACAAAAGGACGUCAAAGGCCGUACCACGCGUACCUUCCUGCGCCAUUUUGGGAGAUAGCCUACGCUCACCUUCGGGUAGUGAACCAGGGAACACGCCGUGCAUGCAAACCGGCAAACCGCCUGGUCCCUCCAUCAAGCCCGGCCCCUCUAUUGGAGAGCAUCGAUCCGGCAACCGCCUGGUCCCUCCAUCAAGCCCGGCCCCUCUAUCGGAGAUCACCGAACCGGCAGCCGCCUGGUCCCUCCAUCAAGCCCGGCCCCUCUAUUGGAGAGCAUCGAUCCGGCAAUCACCUGGUCCCUCCAUCAAGCCCGGCCCCUCUAUCGGAGAUCACCGAACCGGCAGCCGCCUGGUCCCUCCAUCAAGCCCGGCCCCUCUAUUGGAGAGCAUCGAUCCGGCAAUCGCCUGGUCCCUCCAUCAAGCCCGGCCCCUCUAUCGGAGAUCACCGAACCGGCAGCCGCCUGGUCCCUCCAUCAAGCCCGGCCCCUCUAUUGGAGAGCAUCGAUCCGGCAACCGCCUGGUCCCUCCAUCAAGCCCGGCCCCUCUAUCGGAGAUCACCGAACCGGCAGCCGCCUGGUCCCUCCAUCAAGCCCGGCCCCUCUAUUGGAGAGCAUCGAUCCGGCAAUCGCCUGGUCCCUCCAUCAAUCCCGGCCCCUCUAUCGGAGAUCACCGAACCGGCAGCCGCCUGGUCCCUCCAUCAAGCCCGGCCCCUCUAUUGGAGAGCAUCGAUCCGGCAACCGCCUGGUCCCUCCAUCACGCCCGGUCCCUCUAGUGGAGAGCAUCGAUCCGGCAACCGCCUGGUCCCUCCAUCAAGCCCGGCCCGUCAAACGGAGAGCAUCGAUCCGGCAACCGCCUGGUCCCUCCAUACCACCUGGCCCAUUCACCGGAGAGUGUUGAUCUGGCGAACCGCCAGGGUCCCUCCAUACCGCCCGGCACCUCCGCCAGGAAGGGCGUCGAUUUCGCCAGGAAGGGCGACGAUCAUUCCCCGUGCUACGCCAACCGCCAACGAACCCCCCCAAACAAACCGCAAGUACACCUUAUGUAAAUGUUGUGCACGUCAAAUUGUUAAUGCCGUAGAAUGCUCCUGUGAGGGCAAAUAA